AAAUCGGGUAGACAGUGUCUUUCUACUCAAUAUACUACUAAUAAAGAUCUAUCAUUAUGGUGUUGCUCGAAUAAUCAUGAAUGGUACACAUCUCUUGGUCAUAUAAAAUAUAGCAAGUCAUGGUGUCCACAUUGUGCAAAAGUGGCUCGCUGUACUAUUAAAGAUGCUAGACAAAUUCGAUGUGAAAAUAACUAUAUAUUUACUGCUACUCUUAAUGCUAUUAACAAUCAACACACCUGGUAUCCUUUCUGUUCAAAGAAAUGUGAGGAUUUAUAUCACAAAAUCAUAACAAAAUAUCUUGGUCCACCUUUGCCAAUUCGUAAACCCAAUUUCUUAAAAACUCCAGAAUACUCAACUGGACUAGAACUCGAUAUCCUAUACUAUGAUUACGGCUUUGCGAUUGAAGUGCAAGGUAUACAAUAUGAAUAUCAAAUCAAAUUCUUUCAUCUAAAUUUUGAAGAUUUUGAGAAACAGCAAACUCGGGAUCAACUCAAAGAAGAACUCUGUGAAGAAAAUUGGAUAACAUUAAGAUAUGUUUGGUAUUAUAAAGACCUAUUCGAGAAAAUUCUAGUUAUCUUUCGAGAACUGGGUCUUAUUCCUUAA